AUGACGAAUAAUGCAUCAUCUUCAGAAAAGCAUCCAGAAACUGCUGGACCGGGGAAUAUCGUCCCUUUGAUCCCUCCCACCGAUCCGAAUCUAGUGACAUUGGACGGACCAGAUAACCCACACAACCCUAAAAACUGGUCCGCGAGAAAGAAAUGGCUGGCCUUUGUGCCAAUGUCAAUGUUUAAUCUGCUGAGCUCCAUGUCCUCAGCUACAGUUGCUCCAGGCCUAAGUGCCAUUGGCGAAGAUCUCGGCUUUCCUUCUAACACGCUGCUUAUCCUAAGUUUAUCGGUCUUCUUCCUCGGUACUGCGAUCGUGCCACUAUUCACGGCACCAGUCUCAGAGAUGAUAGGAAGGGUACCGGUUCCACUCACGAUGAACGUAGUUUAUAUCGUGUUCAAUACAGCAUGCGGCGCUGCCAAAUCGCCAACGCAGUUAAUUAUCUUUCGCUUUCUCGCUGGUUUAGGCGCUGCAGGUCCAUAUUGGCGUCACGGAAUGAACAGCGACCUCUUCGAAGCCAUAGCAGUAUUCACACUAGCACCUCUAAUCGGAACAGCCAUCGGCCGCAUCACAGGCGGCUUCGUCGUCCAAUACGUCUCCUGGCGAUGGUGCUUCUACGUAAUCUCGAUCGCUAUCUUCACCAUCCAAAUAAUCGGACUCAUCCUCCUCCGCGAGACCUACGGUCCUGUUCUCCUCAAACGCAAAGCCGCCCGGUUGCGCAAGUCUACCCAAAACCCCGAUCUUCACACCGAGCAGGAUCGCACCUCCACACACCUCAAUACCAACCUCAUUCGUCCGUUCUGUCUACUCACUACCCAGCCUAUCAUUCAAGCCCUCAGUCUCUACCUCGCUUAUCUAAACGGGACCCUCUAUCUCAUGGUCGCUACAUUUCACGACACGGGUAUCUAUCAAGUAUCUGUAUCUAUAGGUUCCCUAUAUUACCUCUCGAUGACAGUAGGGCUAGCCAUCGCAGCGCAAUUCGGCGUCCGCUUCGCAGACAAAAUCUAUCAACGCCUCCGAGCAAAGAAUAACGGCCAGGGGAAAGCAGAACUCCGUCUCCCAAUCCUAUGCGCGAUUGCAGUCGUCGUCCCAAUCGGCCUAUUCUGGUACGGGUGGAGUGCAAGAACAAGUAUCCACUGGAUCAUGCCAGAUAUCGGCGCAGCAAUCUACUCCGGCGCUACCGUUUUACAACUCGUCUGCGUCCAGGGCUGCCUGAUCGAUACGUAUCAGGUAUACGCGGCGAGCGCAAUGGCGAGCGUUAUGGCUUUGAGGAAUUUACUGGGGUUUGGGUUGCCGCUUCUUGCGCCUAGCUUAUAUGGUAAUCUUGGUUUUGCAUGGGGGAAUACGCUCCUUGCGUGCGUUGCUGUCGUUAUUGGCAUUCCGGCGCCGUUGUUACUGUGGUAUUAUGGGGAAGACCUAAGGGGGUCGGGUAAUUAUGCACAGAGUUAG